CGGGCUCCCGGCGGCUGCGGCUCCCGUGAGUGGCGGCGACUGCGACUGCGGCGCGGGCGGGCGAAGCGAGCGGGCACCGUCGGCAGCUGGCCGUGUCGGCCGCGGGAUGAGGAAGCGGGCCGAGCCCGUCGCCUUGGAGCAUGAGCGCUGCGCCGCCUCGGGCUCAUCCUCCUCCGGCUCGGCCGCCGCGGCGCUGGACGCCGCCUGCCGCCUGAAACAGAAGCUGCGCCUGGCGGGCAAGGGGCCCUCGGAGCCGCGCUGCGCCGCGGACGCGGGCAUGAAGCGGGCGCUGGGCAGGCGAAAGGGCCUAUGGUUCCGAAUGAAGAAGAUACUUCUCUGUGUUCUGGGGUUGUAUGUUGCCAUUCCAUUUCUCAUCAAACUGUGUCCUGGGAUACAGGCCAAACUGAUUUUCUUGAAUUUUGUGAGGGUUCCCUAUUUCAUUGACUUGAAAAAACCACAGGAUCAAGGUUUGAAUCACACGUGUAAUUACUACCUCCAGCCAGAGGAAGAUGUGACCAUUGGAGUCUGGCACACUGUCCCUGCUGUCUGGUGGAAGGACGCCCAAGGAAAGGACCAGAUGUGGUACGAGGAUGCCUUGGCUUCCAGCCACCCUAUCAUCCUGUACCUCCAUGGGAAUGCAGGCACCAGAGGAGGCGACCAUCGGGUGGAGCUUUAUAAGGUGCUGAGUUCCCUUGGUUACCACGUGGUCACCUUUGACUACAGAGGUUGGGGUGACUCAGUAGGAACCCCAUCAGAGCGAGGCAUGACCUAUGAUGCACUCCAUGUUUUUGACUGGAUCAAAGCCCGGAGUGGAGACAACCCUGUGUAUAUUUGGGGUCAUUCCCUAGGCACUGGGGUGGCGACAAAUCUGGUGCGGCGCCUCUGUGAGCGAGAGACACCUCCAGAUGCCCUUAUAUUGGAAUCUCCAUUCACUAAUAUCCGUGAGGAAGCUAAGAGUCAUCCAUUCUCAGUGAUAUAUCGAUACUUCCCUGGGUUUGACUGGUUCUUCCUCGACCCCAUUACAAGCAGCGGAAUUAAAUUUGCAAAUGAUGAAAAAGAAGAAUAAUCUGAAAAACCCUGGAUUCCAACCACAAGCACCACAGUGAGUGUUGGGCCCCCCGAAGCUGCCCCUCGGCCAUGCUCCUGGCUGAGAGUUGGGGGGCUGGUCGUGCUUCCCCCACUGGGAGUCACAAGCCCCUCCAUGGGCGGCUCUGAGGUGACAGCAGGUGACAUCAGGUGAACUUGGCCUUCUCUAGAGGUGGGUAAAGGUUAGGAUGUACUGUUUACAGUGGAAAUCCUAAAAAGAUUCCACUGUCAAAGUGUGACCCUCACAGCAGAGAGGCCCCUCCCUGGAAGCAGAGGGCAAGGUAUGUGCACCAGUAGCAGAAGCACAGAGUGCCAGACAGGCCGGGUGUCCGUGGGGUGACGAGUCUCCUGGCCCAGGUCCUGCCAGGUGCCAGGCUUGCCCAGUGCUGCCCUCAUGGAGCCCCCAGAUCAGUCUGGAACCACCAGAACCAGGCCCGUCUGUGGUUUGCUAGAGGGCUUGGAUCUGUGAACCUGUUGAAAACAUUAAUUUAUUUGUAAACAGGGUGACCUUGAAUGUCAUUUUUAACAAAGGUUAGAGGGUGUGGGCUUUUUUAGUAAACAUUCAUUUGCAAUAAAUUUCUUGGCCCAUCUAAAUUAUGUUGUUUUGUAAAUUUCAAAGAAUAUAUUUAGUGGCAGAGAUAAUCAUUUUAAUUUCCAGAAAAUACACAGGGGGCAAAUUUGGUGGAUGAAUUGAUCUCUAGACUUGACUGAAUAGAUGGUGCUACAAACAUCUAAAAAAUCAACUUUUAGGGACACCUGGGUGGCUCAGCGUUUGAGCAUCUGCCUUGGGCCCAGGGUGUGAUCCUGGGGUCCCGUGAUCCUGGGUCCCUGCAGGGAGCCUGCUUCUCCCUCGGCCUCUGUCUCUGCCCCUCUCUUUGUGUCUCUCAUGAAUAAAAAAAAAAAAAUCAACUUUUAGUUCUCUACUGAAAGCCAGUGGGAUUCUAGCCGUGAGCACCAUUGGCGAAGCCCGCCCUGAAGUCAGGUGCCUGCCAUAGGCAGGCCUGAGACCCCAGUCCUCUCCUGGGCUUGUGGUCUAGCCCCAUG